AUGGAUAAAAGGGGGACUCGUUUUCCUCCUAGCUGUACAAGUUAGUAAUUCCUACCCAAGCUACGCAAGUGUAUUAGCCGAGCUACCAAGAAACCUCUGCAAGAAAAAGCACACAGGAAGAGGCUGAGCAAAAAGAACUGCAGCUCCCCCCCCCCCCCAUUGCGAGUCAAUCUCCGCCAGCCUGCGCUGCCGGAAGCUUGAGAAUCGGGCGGAAGUGCUUGGCCAAUCCCAGCAUGCAUCGCUGCCCCCAGCCGCUCUCCCAGUGUGAAGUUCGGGCCUGGGGGCUGCGGGUACCGUCCGGCCUCGCUGCAUUGUGGGAGUUGUAGUCGCCUGCCCGAAGAGCUCUGGCGACUGAAGGCCUUGCGAGCAACUGCGGCCCUUUCCGAGGUGAGGCCGGGGCCUCUCGCCGCCUUUCCUCUCCGCCCGGCGGCAACUUCUUCCGCAGCGCCGGGCCGUGCGGCCGGCGGGCCACGCGCGGCCGGCGCCUUCCCUCCCCGACCUAAGAUGGCGGCCGAGGUGGACUUCGGGGACCAGGAGCUCUUCCAGCAGCUGGAGGCCGGCGAGGCGGCGCCCAUCCCGGCCGCGCAGCCGCUCCACGCCCGCUUCGAGGAGGCCGGGGCGGAGACGGAGGAGCUCCGCCGGCGGCUGAGGGAGUGCCAGGAGACCGUCAGGGAGCUGCAGGCCGAGAAUAUCCUGGCGGGGGAAGCAGGCCGGCCUGGGGGCGCCCCUCCCCUCAGAUCCCCGCCCAGAGGCGGCAGCCCUUCGAGGCCUUUGGCGGGGCGAGGGGCCCCUCCGCCUCCCGGCCCUUGCGGGGCCGAGCGGAGCCUCCUUCAAAGGGGCGGGGGGGGGGGCGCCGGCGCCCAGUGUGCUCUUGACAUCUUGUUCUCUAUCUUCGCCCUUGUAACCCCCUCCCCACCCCAUUUGUAAUCUCGAACUUGCGGGGGUUUCAGUUGCGUGGCUUCGGCUGGAGUUGCAGAAAGUGUCAGGGACUGCUAGCCUCUUGCAGCAGCGACACAGUCCGGCCCCCUGGAGCACGAGAGCUUAUUCCGCAAGUCUCUGUUUUCAGGGUUGGCCCGGCCCAAGACCUUUUGCUGCCUGAGCGGGGAUGA